AGAGAGAGAGAGAGAGAGGGAGCAGUAGAUCUAGCUGGCUCACUCUCUUUGUUUCAGUGCGCAGUAUCCUUCUCUCUGCUCUCGGUUCUCCAUCAUCUCAGUGCUCCUCAGUGCUCCUCAGAUCUCCUCUGAUCUCCUCUGCUCCGCUCUGGAUGACUGCAGAAGCAGCGCCAUGGCAGUGAAUCUCAGUAAGAACAGACUGAACCUUCUCACCGCUUACCAGGACGUAAUCGACGAGUCUUCACCCACUGACUGGGCGUUGUACACGUACGAAGAUGACAGCAACGAUCUGGUGCUGGCAUCAUCAGGAGACGGAGGCCUGGGUGAAAUCAUGGUCACUUUCGACAACAGUCGCAUCAUGUACGGCUUCUGCAGCAUGAAGGAGCCGGCGGCCGCAUUGCCUCGCUACGUCCUCAUCAACUGGGUUGGUGAGGACGUCCCCGAUGCUAGAAAAUGCGCCUGUGCCAGCCAUGUCGCCACCAUCGCGGAGUUUUUCCAGGGAGUUGACAUCAUCAUCAAUGCCAGCAGCAUGGACGACAUCGACCCCUCAGCCAUCGGGCAGAGAUUGACCAAUGGGACGGGACCGAGCGCUAGCCCGGUGCUCAGCCGUCUGCGAAUGAGAGACGAGGAGAACGCGGAACACGUUGGCACCACCUACCAGAAAACAAACGCAGAAAUCGAGAUGAAGAGGAUCAACCGGGAAGAGUUUUGGGAACAAGCCAAGCGGGAAGAAGAAUUUAGGAAGGAGGAGGAAAGAAAGAAGUUGGCAGAAGAGAGGCAACGCUUCGAAGAGGAGCGAAUGGAGCUGGAGAGGAAGGAGCAGGAGGAGAGAGAGAAGAGAUACCGCGAGAGAGAGAAGCAGAUUGAAGAACACAGGAAGAAAAUGCAAGAAGAUGAGGAGGAAAAAGAGAGGUCACGAUCCCUCGCCUUGAUUACAGAGCCCAGUUCUGAGGAUCUCUCUCAAGACAAAAAGGAGUCAGAGGUCGAGACAUGUCCUCUAACACGUCCUUCCGUCCCUGUCUUUCUCCUUCGGACUCAUUCUACACCUCCUUUCUUUUCAUUGUCUUCAUCUUCUCCUGUGUGUGUUCCACAUGCCUUGUGUGUGUGUGUGUGUGUGUGUGUGUGUGUGUGUGUGUGUUCCACAUGCCUUGUGUGUGUGUGUGUUUCCCUGGGCUCUCUGUCUCCUUGUUUACCAGGCCGCUUGGACAGUCCAUUCUUGAAGCAGCAGCACAGUCUUUGUGUGUCCAGUCCGUCCUCCACUCGCACCCCAGGGCCACUUGAUGACUCUGUUGAAGGCGUCUCCGCAAGCUCCCCGACAACCAUCCCUAAAAUCGCCAUUCAGGAAGAUAAAGAUGACAACAGCCAGAAAGAAUGGGCCCCUGAGUCUCCCGAGCGAGUGCCGGUCCAGGAGUCCGAGCCCGUCCAGACUGACCUUCCUCAGGCUCAUCCUACGGAGUUGAAAUCCACCAGCGCCGAGGACACCCUGCUGGAUAUGUGGGAGAGCAGCCCGGCGCCCGCGGCCACACCCUGCCCAGCAACACAAAUCCAUGACCUGAUGGGCGAUGUCGACUCAUCUUCCAGCCUCCCUCAGCCCCUGCUCAGCUUUGACGACGUGCCUGACAUCCCGCUGUGCCCCUCAGCCGAGGACGCACCCUCCAGCCUGGUGGACGUGUCCGAGACGCACCACAUGGCCCUGAGCUACCAGCAGGCCUCUGACAGCCAAGAGCUGGAUGAGGGCCAGGAGCUGCUGACCAACGGAGACUCGCUGCUCAAAGAAGGGACUCAGGCGAGUGAAGGCUACUUCAGCCAGUCACAGGAGGAGGAUUUCGCUCAGUCUGAUGAAUGCUCAGCAAAAGUGAAUCCAACGCCAGUAUUUUACAACAAACCACCAGAGAUCGACAUCACAUGCUGGGACACGGAUCCUGUGGUGGACGAUGACGACUAAGACCUACGACUACGACUCCCAGGGGGGAAAAAAAAAAAAAAAACACUUUUACCGAGCUUAUUACAAGCUUAUUACGAUACAAAUCUGUAUGAUAUUUUAGCAAAAAAAAAAAGAAACAAACAAAAAAGCUUAGCCACUGAAAAGGAUCCGGGUUAUUGUUAAAGAUGCUAGCGUGUUUAUGCUGUCUCUCGGUUAGUCUGUGUGUGUGUGUGUGUGUGUGUGUGUGUGUGUGUGUGUGUACAAGUCAUUAUUUAUUUCUGUUCUCUUUUUUGCUAUGCAGAGUAUAGCACGGUGUGUAUUUAGUGCUCACCUGUGUUGUAUAGAUUCCCUGUGCCUGACAGGUGUAACCAGUAGCAGAUAGAGCGUCCUGUUUUUAGUCACACGCCGGAACCUCAAAUGACGGAAAAAAAAAAAAAAGUUUCGUAGCUCCAGCCAAGUUAGUCCCAUACUCCGCUCUACCUUUUGUAUAGAUUCUCAGGCUAGUCCUUAUUAGCAUCUUUUCUGAUCUGCACCGAAUGUCCAUCCCCGAAUUGAAGUUGAGGAGAUUGGGUUUCUUCAGAACGAGAAGGUUCUCACUAGCGAUGGGAAGAUCGGAUCAUUUUAGUGACUUGUUUUUUUUGUUGUUUUUUCCAUCAAAAUGAACAAAUCUAUUUGUUGAGUCGUUUCGUUCCUUUGACCAGAAGUAAGAAGUCACGUUUUUUCGAUAAGCAGAUCCUACAUACACGACUAAGCUAAACUGAGGACGGAUCAUGAUGAAUGUGUAGCUUCACCUCUCAUAUCUUCUGGAUUGUAUCGUUAGUUCUUUCGUCACGUGACUUCCAUAAUAAUUGUAACAAUACUGUCAAGAUUCGGACCAAUAAAAAAAAGCGUCUGUGGGAGUCACGUGAUAAAAGGACGAAUGAUUCGGACUAAAAGAGUGGAGAGAUGAACUACUCAAAUAUGUCCCUGGAGAUUUCGUGACUCUUUGCUCAUGCAGUAGAAAGCGAACGAGUCGGUCUUUGAGACGACUCGUUCUACUGAGUCACUUUAAAGACUCAUUUGAAAUGAACGAAUCGUUCAUGACUGACUCAGCAGUACUACAUCUCCGAGUCAGACCUUUCCCCCAGGUGUCAUUACAGUACAUUCCUGAAUGUGCAGGAAGCUUCAUCUGCUUCAUCUGCUGUGCCAAAGGAUUACAAAAUUUGACUUUCACGAUUCAGAAUCAGGUGUUUUUUUGUGUGAUAUUAUCCUGAUUUUGUAUUAUCUUUUCUUUUACAAUUGAAUUCAAAUGACUUGAAUUUGACUUGGAGCUUAGGCAAUAACUAUUUUAAUGCACGUUAGGCUGUGUAUGCGACUGGGUGUAUUAUGUGUGUGUGUGUGUGUGUGUGUGUGCUUUUUACUAGGACAGUUAACAAUUUCCAAUGAGUAUUGGUUGGAUUUAUGGUUUAUCCUCGAAUCCGAAUUGACCGUCUGACCACUAAGAAUCGCUGACGGUGUGAUAAAGAUGAUUCUCAUCCAUCAUCUCCUUCCACGGUUUUCUUCUCGCAGCUCGACUUCUACGAGACGAUUUCGUUCUCUUUUUUUUCCCGAAUUAGCGCAGAUCUGUAGCCGUCUUCGGUCUUCCGUAGUUUCGUAUUCCAGACCCGUUUUAUUGUCGUUGUUAUUAUUAGAAUCUUUACACGAUCUUUGAGAUCAGCAAAAGAGGUGAAAUAAGCAAUAAUACUAUUAUUAAAAAAAACAAAAAAAAACCCCCACCACCACACUGACGUAGUAUUGUUUUGUAAAUAAAAUCGACGCAAGGACGACGGUGCACGUGGAACGAACGGAGUGUGUGUGAGUCUCGAACACGUUUCUGAGAUCCUCAACGUUUCCCCAGCUGGUGUGUGGCACGAGCCGCAUCUUUAACCGUAACCCCGGCCCCUUUUGACGUGAUUUCAGUGUACUCUUUACCCUCUCCGAGCUCCUCUGUAGUGAUUCUUACGCUUGUUCUUUUCUCUCUCACACACUACUAGGAGUUUACUACCAAUACUAUUGCUACUAUUACUACUAAUAUACUACUCCAGUUUGCCCUUUGACCCUGAAGCAAGGCUUAGCAACUUCUCUCUCUUUCUUUCUCUCUUUCUUUUUUUCCUCUCUCUUUUUUUUCUAUAUUGGUUAAGGUUUUCUAUCCUUCUUACUUUUUUUUCCCUCUUGGUUUUCCUUCCACUUUUUUUCUGUCACAUGCUGUUUUUUUGGAAACAAGCACAAGAUCUUUUGUGACCUGCUACGUGCUUCUGUAUGUUAAUAAAAAGAUUUGAAAAAAAACCCUAA